UCUAACUCAACUCCAUGCGUGCAAAUACAGCACUUCUUUUUCUUUUCUUUUCUUGUUCUUGUUCUCUCUCUCAAAAUCCUGUUUUGAUUCUCUCUGCAAUCCACCCCUUCUUAAUAUUCUCCUCAUCAGCAGAUUCCCUCCUCGCCCACCCCACAACCCAUCUUUCUGCCUUUCUCUUCAUUGCUUUCGAAGCCAAGAAUCUCUUUGAUUCCUCUCUUCAUCUUUCUCUUUUUCAACCACUAUUAACUCUUCUCUCAUGCCCCUUCUUCUCCAUCUCUCUGUCAUUUUCAUUCCUCUUCCUCAUCUUCUCUCUCACAACAUUGCUUUUUUCCUCCUUAUGGCUCCCUCUUCAGAUGUCAACCAUCUUUCUCAUCCAUGCAUAUACGGGGAUUAUAUUUCUCCUCGCUCAGAGAGAAAGUCUGGUUUCAUGAAAUGGCUGAGUAAACUUUUCAGAGGUGGGUCCAAUAGAGGAAGGGGUGGUCGUCAUCUGCAUGAGCCAGCAGAAGAAAGCAUAGUUUGGGGAGCUCCAUCAAGAGCGUUGCAUCGAGUGCAGCGAAACUUGUACUUGAACUACAUCGAAUCUCAGAGCACUUUUUUGGAAUUUUGCAAUGAUGAUCGUGCUAGAGCUCAGAAGGAGAAAGAAGAUCUAGGGCAUGCAAUGGCACUUUCUUCAGCCGAAGAUUUAAAGAGACCAAAUGCCCAUCAAGGAUAUAGUUGGGGAGAAGACACUGGAGACGAUUACUCAAAGGCACCUUUGGAUACCCUUAGUUCAUCUACACACCCUCCAUUUGCCCCUACACCAUUUUAUCCCCACGAAUAUAGUUUGUCAUUGAACAGAAGAACAUGUGGUGGCUGCAACCAAGAGAUAAUGUAUGGAAAUUGUUUGGGGUGCAUGGAUACAUAUUUUCAUCCAAAUUGCUUUCGCUGUCAUUCAUGUCGGUACCCCAUUACUGAGCGUGAGUUUUCCUUGUCAGGGAAGCAUCCAUAUCAUAAAUCCUGCUUUAAAGAAUUGACUCAUCCAAAAUGUGAAGUUUGCUUCCAAUUUAUUCCCAUAAAUGCAGCUGGGUUGAUUGAGUACAGAUGCCACCCCUUUUGGUCCCAAAAGUAUUGUCCAUCUCAUGAAUAUGAUAACACAGCUCGUUGCUGUAGCUGUGAAAGAUUGGAGCCUCUGAACAUAAAAUACUAUAGACUAGAAGAUGGACGAAGUUUGUGUUUAGAGUGCAUGGAAUCUGCUAUAAUGGACACUGGUGAUUGCCAGCCUCUUUACCAUUCUAUCAGAGAUUACUAUGAAGGAAUGCAGAUGAGAAUAGAUCAACAAAUUCCCAUGCUUCUAGUUGAGAGAGAAGCACUCAAUGAAGCUAUUGUAGGGGAGAAAAAUGGUUUUCUACACUUACCGGAAACAAGGGGUUUGUGCCUCUCAGAGGAGCAGACUGUCACUAGUAUACAUAGAAGGCCAAGAAUUGGAGGCCAUCGACUGAUAGGGAUGAGAACUCAACCUCAAAAACUGAUUAGAAAAUGUGAAGUUACAGCAAUUCUUGUUCUUUAUGGUCUUCCUAGGUUACUCACUGGUGCCAUACUUGCCCAUGAGUUGAUGCAUGGCUGGCUACGCCUUAAAGGUUACCGAAACCUUAACCCUGAAGUUGAGGAAGGUAUUUGUCAGGUUCUUUCUUAUAUGUGGCUUGAGUCAGAAGUAAUGCCUAGCUUUCAAAGCAUGCCAUCAACAUCCACAGCUUCUGCUUCUUCUUCUUCCUCUUCAAAGAAGGGUGCAAAGUCUCAUGUUGAAAAUAAAUUGGGUGAGUUUUUCAAGAAUCAGAUUGCCAAUGAUUCUUCCCCUGCUUAUGGUGGUGGUUUUAGAGCUGCUAAUGAAGCUGUUAAUAAAUAUGGUUUGCGUAGAACACUUGACCAUAUUCAUUUGACUGGAUUUUUUCCAGUGUAACACAAGAACGCAAGUUCUCAGUGUAUGGAUAUAAGUGUUUGUUUUUCAUUUCAUUUGGUUCCAUUCCACAAGUGGAGGACCAGGACCCAUUCGAUUGGACAACUUCUGCUAUUUGGAUCCUAUGAGGAUGUCCGAGUCUAAUUUGACCAAAAAAAAAAAAAACACAUUACAUUA